AUGCCCCCUGGGGGGAUAUCAGGGAUCCCCGAGAAGUGCUUUUCCGGGAUCCCGGAAAGAGCCAGCCCGUGCCGGGAAGGCGACCAGAGCUUGAGCCAGAGCCCUGACCUGGAUGUCCAUGAGCAGCCUCCCACUAGGAAAAAGCCCUUCAAGUGCUUGGAAUGUGGGAAGAGCUUCAUCAAGAGCUUUGCCCUCCCCACCCACCAGCACAUCCACACGGGAGAACGGCCCUACACGUGUGGGGAAUGUGGGAAGAGCUUCCGCCAGAGCUCCCACCUCCUCACCCACCAGAUCAUCCACACCAGAGAACGGCCCUACAAGUGUGGGGAGUGUGGGAAGAGCUUCAGCCAGAGCUCUCACCUGAUCUACCACCAGCACAUCCACAGUGGGGGAAGGCCCUACACGUGUGGGGAAUGUGGGAAGAGCUUCAGCGACAGCUCCAGCCUGAUCUGCCACCAGAAGAUCCACACCAGGGAACGGCCCUACAAGUGUUCUGAGUGUGGGAAGAGCUUUCAAACCAGCUCAGAUCUCCUCAAGCAUCAGUGGACACACACAGGGGAGAGGCCCUACAAGUGUGGGGAGUGUGGGAAGAGCUUCAGCCAGAGCUCUCACCUGAUCUACCACCAGCACAUCCACAGUGGGGGAAGGCCCUACACGUGUGGGGAAUGUGGGAAGAGCUUCAGCGACAGCUCCAGCCUGAUCUGCCACCAGAAGAUCCACACCAGGGAACGGCCCUACAAGUGUUCUGAGUGUGGGAAGAGCUUUCAAACCAGCUCAGAUCUCCUCAAGCAUCAGUGGACACACACAGGGGAGAGGCCCUACAAGUGUGAGGAGUGUGGGAAGAGCUUCACCCCGAGCUCUGGCUUGACCUCACACCAACGGACCCCCCUGGCACCCGGUCGCCGAUUUUCCCUCGAAGCGGGCAGGAAAAGAGGAAGAGCCCUGGUGUGGUCGGGGAGCAGCGCUGCCCCGAAGGGCUGCGUUUCCCCUGCCGAUCGUCCUCCGGGAUGGGGUCCGAGCAGCGGCGGGAAGCUGCAAAGUUGGCAGCAAAGAAGUUGGACUAAAGCGAAGCAGCUCCAAAAGCCCGUGGUCUUGGCGUGGGGGCGGGAGGAAGGGGAGCUCCGUGACUGCGGCCGGGGCUGGUUGGGAGCGGAGCGGCCGGGGCUGCCCCCGGGGCUCGCGGGGGCCAACGGGGAACGGACAAACAGACCAACGGACCAACGGCCCCAGCGCUUCGGCGGCAGCAGCGGCGGCAGCAGCGACUCUAGCGACGCGCUCUCGCUCUGA